AAACAAACCCUGCGGUUGAGAGCAGAGCAGCAGAUUCUCUCUCUUUCUAUCUCUAUAUAAGCACUACAUGGGCUUGUGUUUCUCUUCUUCAAAUCUCUCGCGGAAUUAGAAAAACAGUGUUUCAUAUGCGUUACAGUGUUAGUGGUGGUGUUGUAAUCACAUAUCAUGACCAAUAUACCUAGAUCUCUAACCGACUCCGCUUUAACCCUCUUCAAUCUCGCCAUCUCCGCAUCUGAUCCUUGGCCCUUUUCUCUUCUCUUCUUCUAGCACCCAAUCCACCUCUCAUUCCUGUCUUUUCUGUACAGAGCUAUUCAUAUAUACACAUAUUGUUAGUGAUUUGUAUUUGUAUAUACAUAUAUGCCGCACGUUCAUUUCCACCACGGCGGCGGAAGAAGUGAGGCUAGGAGUAUUCCGAAGGGAUGCUUGGCUAUAACUGUGGGGCAAGGAGCGGAGCAGCAGCGGUUUGUGAUUCCGGUGAUCUACGUGAACCACCCGCUGUUCACGCAGCUGCUGAAGGAGGCGGAGGAGGAGUACGGAUUCGAUCAGAAGGGUCCGAUCAAUAUCCCCUGCCACGUGGAGGAGUUCUGUCAUGUCAGGGGUCUGAUUGACAAGGAAACGACGUCGCAUCAUCAUCAUCAUCAUCAUCACCACCACCACCACCAUCAUCAUCACUUUCCGUGCUUCAAGGCUUAAUUUGUUUCUUCACGUGUUGUGUAAUUUGGAGGUUGAGUUCGUUUCCUGAGUUAUUUUUGAUGCACCCCACAAAUUGAAAUGAAACUGUUAUUCUUUUGGGAAUAGUUUACUCUUUCAAUUGUUUUUAUCUAUUGUUGAUUGAUACAUGUAACAAUUGAUAAAUGUUUUUCAUGGUACCAAAAAAUGAGAUCAAUUAGUGUUUUA